GCCCAGGCCUCGGUCAGCAACGGCGAGGACGCGGGCGGCGGCGCCGGCAGGGAGUUGGAGCUGGUGGACCUGAAGAUCAUUUGGAACAAGACCAAGCACGACGUGAAGGUUCCCCUGGACAGCACAGGUUCCGAGCUGAAACAGAAGAUUCACUCCAUUACAGGUCUCCCGCCUGCCAUGCAGAAGGUCAUGUACAAGGGGCUUGUCCCUGAAGAUAAGACGUUGAGGGAAAUAAAAGUGACCAGUGGGGCCAAGAUCAUGGUAGUUGGCUCCACGAUAAAUGAUGUUUUAGCAGUAAACACACCCAAAGAUGCUGCACAACAGGAUGCCAAGGCUGAAGAGAACAAAAAGGAGCCUCUCUGCAGGCAGAAACAACACAGGAAAGUGUUGGAUAAAGGAAAACCUGAAGAUGUGAUGCCUUCUGUUAAGGGUGUCCAGGAGCGCCUGCCAGCGGUACCUUUGUCUGGCAUGUACAAUAAGUCUGGGGGGAAAGUGAGACUCACCUUCAAGCUAGAACAAGAUCAGCUAUGGAUUGGCACUAAAGAGCGGACUGAGAAAUUGCCCAUGGGCUCCAUUAAAAAUGUGGUCAGUGAACCUAUCGAAGGACAUGAAGACUACCACAUGAUGGCGUUUCAGUUGGGCCCCACGGAAGCCUCUUACUACUGGGUGUACUGGGUUCCAACUCAAUAUGUGGAUGCAAUCAAAGACACUGUGCUGGGCAAAUGGCAGUAUUUUUGAAAGCACUUUCACCUCUGGCCCAGGAGACUGACCCAAAGUGAAGGACAUUGCGGGAGAGAGACCUGCAGCAUCCUGGAUUUCAGAAUUCUGGAACUUUGUUCACAAAAACAAUCUCUAUUCAAUCUGAGGCGCUGUGGUGACUGAAGCCAGAGGUGAUGUACUUUCACCAUUAGCUUAAUUUUAACUUAAAAUCACCAAUUCCCUUUCUUGCAGUCAGCUUCAUACCAUUUUUAAAGUCAGUACCGUGGAAAUCAAUAAAUCUGAAUUCCGAACAUGCUGUGUGGAAUACUCUAAAGUCUGUCUGAGAGUAGAUCUGCCAGUUAAUGUUGAGAAGGGAAUCAUCAAAAGCUUUGUUUUAUUUUGUUUUAUGCUUUUAAAACUGAUUUCAACUGAAAUAUUUUCAUAAACCUUUGGUUGCAAACAUUUGGACUGCGUUGUGCUAAGUUGGGGUGUUUUUGUUUUUUUUCUUUGUUGAUGUAAAAUUGAAUGCAAAAUGGGGGGGGUUAGUAAGCCAUAUUUUCCUGUCCAUCGAUUCAGAUUUAAUUCUCUCCUUUUUUAAUUUUCUCACUUCCUCUAGAUUUGAGUUUUCAUUUUAAAAACCCAAAGAUGUCAGUUCCUCUUUUGGUACCUCAUCCAUACCUCCUCUCCCGGGCUCCCUUCCGCCAUGCUGCUGCUGCUCGGGAAUGCCGGGGCAGAGGAGGGGCUGUGGGCCUCCGUCAAGUGUCUGUGGAGCGGCAGUGCCUCACAAGUGACUCCUGUCUGUCUUCACGUCCUGCCCCGGGACUCCAGCCUCUGGGGCUCCAGCACUGGUUUGACGGCUGUCAGCAGCCCUCAGUGUGGCUUCACGGCCGGCCGGGCACCAGUGUGCCUCAGCCAGGCUGCUCCCUGGCCCCAGCUCCCAGGAGGAGCCAGGUCAAAGGUCACCAGUACAGCCAGGGGCCCACAGGUCUAGAGACCUGUUUUCUUUGGAAGUUUUCAAGAGAUUCUUAAGCAGUCCAAUGAUGAUUUCAGUUCUGCUUCUCCAUCUGGUCCUUCUGCUCCUCCAUCUGGUCCUUCUGCUCAUGCUUUAAGUUCAAGUGUCCUUUAUCCCGGGUUCAGAGGUGCUGCCUUUGUCAGGAGGACAUCUGAUCUGGUGGGUUGGCUGAUGGUAUCUGAACAACAGAAGUGGGUUAGAUGGUUUUCAUGAUAAGCUCAUCUUCUGGUUUUAGCCCUUGCAUUUGUUGUACUCGUGGAUUUCUGUCAUCUCCUUAUGACUUGAUUGACUUUGAAACAAGGGACAGUCUUAGU